UUCUUGAACAAUCAAGACUCGUCUAGUUAAUGAUAGAAUACUCUAUAUAGCUCAUUUGUUAAGUCCUAGCUUACAUGUAUAGUAUGGAAUAAUUGUGGUAUGUCCUGCUCUGCAGAUUGCAUUUUCUGAUCAUACUGAGGGAUGCAUUUGUUAGUUUUUCAUGUAAGCUUUGAUAUAUGGAUAAUCAAGUUAUGCACAAUACUGACGGUUUUGAUAAAUGGAAAGGAUUGAUGCUGAAGAAAGGAGUUGAAGAAGGAAGAUGGACGGAGAAAUUUGUUUCUCGUGUUCAAUUCAGUGGAAACCUUGUUACUGCAUCUCCAGACGUUUAUCAAGCAAGUCUAGGGGCAGACUCAGAAUUUCUAGUGUUAGCAUCUGAUGGUUUAUGGGAUUACAUAAACAGUUCAGAUGCAGUUUCUUUUGUAACGAAUCAGCUUCGACAACAUGGAGAUGUCCAGCUAGCUUGUUAUGCGCUUGCUGAAGCUGCUCUGGCAACAACUAAUUGAAUGGAUUGUGUUUAUUCUGACCAUAGCGCUGGAUUAUGCCAGGAAA